AUGCUUCAAUCUGAUCCUCAGUCAGCAGUAGACCGCUAUCUAAAGAAGUGCAAAGAGCUUGGCUUCGAUGUCAUCGAAAUUUCCUCUGGUUUCCUUUCCAUUCCUGAAGAUGACUGGCUUCGCCUCGUCGACAAACUCCACUCUGAAGGGCUCAUAGCAAAACCCGAGUGUGGGAUCCAAUUUGGCGCAGGAGGCGAUACAGCAGCUUCAGAACUCGAAUCCAUAGGCACGUCCGACCCGUCCAAGAUAGUCCACAUGGGAAACCGAUUCAUUGAUGCUGGGGUCGAGCGCAUCAUGAUCGAGAGUGAAGGCAUCACAGAGAAUGUAACAAAAUGGAGAACCGACGUUAUCCAGCAAAUUCUACGGGACCUUCCUCGGGAGAAGGUCAUGUUCGAAGCGGCGGACCCUGCAGUAUUUAACUGGUACAUCCGCGAAUUUGGGACGGAUGUGAACUUAUUUGUCGAUCAUUCCCAGAUUGUACAACUCUCAUGUCUUCGGGAGGGGAUCUGGGGAAGGGCCGAUACGUUCUCUUCAGUUGUUUACAAAUGA